AUGUCUGGACGUGGCAAGCAGGGAGGCAAAGCCCGCGCUAAGGCCAAGACCCGCUCUUCUAGGGCCGGUCUCCAGUUCCCCGUGGGCCGAGUGCACCGCCUGCUCCGCAAAGGCAACUAUGCCGAGCGGGUCGGGGCCGGCGCGCCGGUGUAUCUGGCAGCGGUGCUGGAGUACCUGACCGCCGAGAUCCUGGAACUGGCGGGCAACGCGGCCCGCGACAACAAGAAGACCCGUAUCAUCCCGCGUCACCUCCAACUGGCCAUCCGCAACGACGAGGAGCUCAACAAGCUGCUGGGCAAAGUCACCAUCGCACAGGGCGGUGUCCUGCCCAACAUUCAGGCCGUGCUACUGCCCAAAAAGACUGAGAGCCAUCACAAGGCGAAGGGCAAGUAACUAUCUGGACUAGUUUGUGGCAGCUCAAGUAAAAUCGAGUCCAAACCAACGGCUCUUUUCAGGGCCACCCACGUUUUCUCUAAAAGAACUUAACAUUUAUUCCAUGUGAAAGAAAGUGAGACAUGGACAAGACUCUAAUCAUAAGUUACCCAUCUUUUUGAAAACAGCGUAGCGAACACCGCAGAUUUAAAAGAAAAACUAGAGGGAAGGUGGUCCAGAUUCUACCACGCUUAAAAGUUAAGAUGUGAACAAAUCUCUUAGGCCAUUACUUAAUUUUAAACUUAGUAUGUGUCCACAGAGCACCAGUGGCUUCGUGAGUUCUUGAAGCACUUUGGCCCAAAAGAGUUAUCGCCCGGGCUAGAAUUUAGCAGACAGCUGUUCCACGCGGGCCAGGGCGGCAUGAAGAAGUCCCGCCGCUACGUGUCCGGCACAGUGGCCCUGCGCGACGUUCGGCGCUACCAGAACUCCGAGCUGCUGAUCAGCAAGCUGCCGCUCCUGCGAGAGCUCGGCGGUGACGCCGCUGCACGAGAGCGAGGCUGCAGAACUUUGUGACACAAUAGUCCACCUCCCUGCAAAGGCUCUGUCAGAGACUCACAUCUUUCCUGAUGGAUAGCCGUGAAGCAUUCUCUUACCCACCCUACUGCAUGUUGCAAAGUAUUCCUUUAAAAUGAAGUGAGUAAAAUACUGGGAUGACGUUAUCUGGAGCCCAAGAAAGAUGGCUCAUUUGGAAAGGCCUAAUAUCCCAAGUUGCUUACCUAGAAGAACUUGACAGGAUAGUUAAUAAUAAACCUUAAAACCCAUGAAGAAAUCUGAGGUAAAGUGUUAGCACACAGACUGUUAAAACGUCUGCCUCACAGAUAUGAGGGAAAAUAUAUAGAGGAUUAUAAUAUGGUUCAACAAAUGUUGAUGAGUAUUAGAAAUGUACAUUAGAAAUAUUAGAAAUGUUUAUGACUAUUAGAAAAGUACAGGGUAUUGGGCGUUCCUCACACAAACUGAGGCCUCCUAGCAAGACUGGCAGUUUUCUGUAGAGGAGGGUUAUUUACUACGGUAGUGCAAAUAACUUUUGGUGUUGUAGCUAAAUAAGGAAUACUCAUGCCAAGAUUGCACAAUUGUGCCUCCUCCCUCUGUUCACUGAACUCUGAUGUAAUUUUUUUUUUUUUUUUUUUUUUUUUUGAGACGGAGUCUCGCUCUGUCGCCCAGGCUGGAGUGCAGUGGCGCUAUCUCGGCUCACUGCAAGCUCCGCCUCCCGGGUUCACGCCAUUCUCCUGCCUCAGCCUCCUGAGUAGCUGGGGCUACAGGCGUCUCCCACCAUGCCCGGCUAAUUUUUUGUAUUUUUAGUAGAGACGGGGUUUCACCGUGUUAGCCAGGAUGGUCUUGAUGUCCUGACCUCGUGAUCCACCGGCCUCAGCCUCCCAAAGUGCUGGGAUUACCGGCGUAAGCCACCACGCCCGGCCCACUCUGAUGUAAUCUUAAGAAGAAGACGUUAACUCAUUUUUCUUGUGUAUUGUAGACACUUUUGGCUGUCUGGUAACAUGGAAAAUCUCAGAAUGAUGUUUUAAGUAUAUAAAAUGCCAAACAAAGUUAAAUUACAGUUAUCAAAGUAUUUUUAAAACUUCAUAGUGAUAAAUGAGACUAUAUAGUUAUAUUGUUAAUAUAGUUAACACAUUACAUGAUUUGGUGAGCCUAAUUGCUGUUACUAGAGGAGUAAAAAUGUUUCACGAUAACUCAGCAAUUGUAAUGAGAAAUGAAACAUCUAAUGUCUUUUGGGUUACAAAGUAACAGGUACUGAGAUUUGUGGCCUAAAUUCAUAAUAAAGUGAAAUGUUCAAGUUCA